AUGGCCAGCGGCAGCCCCGCCAAGAUGGACAGCAGCGCCAGCCAGCCGCCGCCUCCCCCGCCGUUCCUGCAGCCCGCCUGCUUCUUCGCUGCAGCCGCGGCGGCGGCCGCCGUGGCCGCCUCACAGAACGCGCAGCAGCAGCAGCAGCAGCAGCAGCAGCUGAGCCCGGCGGCGGCGAGCGGCCAGCCCUCUCCAGGCGCCUCCAAAGCGCCCGCUGCGGCUGCGCCGAAGCAGCAGCCGCAGGUCAAACGGCCGCGCUCGUCCUCGCCGGAGUUGAUGCGCUGCAAGAGGCGCCUCAACUUCAGCGGCUUCGGCUACAGCCUCCCUCAGCAGCAGCCGGCGGCGGUGGCUCGAAGGAACGAGCGGGAGAGGAACCGCGUCAAGCUCGUCAACCUGGGCUUCGCCACGCUGCGCGAGCACGUCCCCAACGGCGCCGCCAACAAGAAGAUGAGCAAGGUGGAGACGCUGCGUUCGGCCGUCGAGUACAUCCGAGCCCUCCAGCAGCUGCUCGACGAGCACGACGCCGUCAGCGCCGCCUUCCAGGCCGGCGUCCUCUCGCCCACCAUCUCGCCCAACUACCCCAACGACAUGAACUCCAUGGCCGGCUCGCCGGUCUCCUCCUACUCGUCCGACGAAGGCUCCUACGACCCCCUCAGCCCCGAAGAGCAGGAGCUGCUGGACUUCACCAACUGGUUCUGA